UGGUAUACACGAGAAUGUUUUCUUUAUCAUUUAUUGAACAAAGCUCUUCGUACACUGGACAUUGAUUUACUUUAUUUACUUGGAUUCUUUAUUCGUGAUCUUCGAGAGCAACUUGAACAAUAUCGAUGUCCGUCACCGAUUCGUAUCUAUCGAAGUCAAUUAAUGUCCAAAAUGGAAGUUCAACAGUUAAAUAAUUUCAGAGGACAAUUGAUUUCCAUGAAUUCAUUUCUUUCCACGACACUUGAUCGUGAAAUGGCUGUUUUUUUCCUAGGUGACAUCGAAGUGUUAGAUGGGGAUUUGCAACCAGUCUUGUUCGAGAUUGAAGCUGAUCCUCGGAUCGAUGGAGUUAAACCUUUUGCUAACAUCACUCCAUUUAGUUAUAUUGAAGAUGAAGAAGAAGUACUGAUGAUGCUGGGAUCGAUCUUUCGACUUGUUCGCAUUCGUUAUGAAGGUCCAUUAUGUAUCAUUCAAUUGGUAUUGUGCAGUGAGAAUGAUGAUGAUGUUAAACCGAUCUUCGAGCAAAUGAAGGCCGAUUAUCAUGAUGAUGGAAAUACCAAUGCUGGUGUAUUUGGUAUUGUACUCGCGAAUAUGGGAAAAUUUGAUAAAGCAGAAAGCUACCUUCAACGUUCGCUCGAUGAAUCACCUCCUAAUCAUCACACGGAAGAAACUAAUGCUUACAAUCUCAGUGUUCACUAUGUGAAUCUUGGUAAUGUGGCAAGCAAAAAAGGUGACUUCAACAAGAGUCUCAAUCUGCAUCACAAAGCGCUUGAAAUCAGAUUGCAAUUAAGAAGAUCAAACGAUCCUAGCAUCGCAGACAUUCAUAAUCUGAUCGGAGGUGCUUACUUUCACAAGGGUGAAUACAAGCGAGCGAUUGAAUCUUAUAACGAGGCAUUGAAAAUAUAUAGACAGGCAUACGGUGAAGAUCACAACAAAAUGGCCGAAGUUUUCAGUAAUAUUGGAGCUGUCCAUGUUAAACAAGAGAAAUAUUUGGAAGCACUUAGUUAUCAACAGAAAGUAUUGGACAUUCAAAAAAAACAUCUUCAUGGAAAUCAUCACUUGCUGGGCGGAUCUCACGGCAAUAUUGCAGCUACCUAUGUACAUCUUCAUAACUCUGAUCUUGCAUUAGUACAUUUCAAUCAAGCACUGAAAAUCUACCAAAAAUCUCUUCCUUCUCAACAUCCUGACAUUGCAGCUCUAUACAAUAAUAUGGGUGGUAUUUAUGUUGACAAACGCGACCUUCCACAAGCGCUUUCAUACUUUGAAAAAGCUGCUGCUAUCUUACACCAGACAGUGGGACCUACCCAUCCUAGUGCCAUUGACGUUAGGCGGAAUAUUCAAUAUAUCCAAAGCUUCGUUCAUAGACGAAAAUAA